GACAAACCGCGUUGUUAACGCGCAAAGCUCGGGCUUGUUUUGGCUGGAGAAAAAAAACAAAACACCGAAACACACGCGAAAAGACUCCGCUCCUGUCGCCCUCCCCUUCUUCUUUUAUUUCCUGUCAGCUUUUUUUCUUUUUUUUUUUCUUUCUUGCGAUUUCUUUCGUGCUGCCGAAGCAGGAACCCCGGGACUGAGCCCGUGCUCCGAGGAUGAACUAGAAUCGCGAUCGAAGCUGCGAGCUUGUUUUACUGGAUUUAUUUCGCCGUGGAGGAGAAGAGAUCCGGGAGCGGAGCGGAGCGGUGCGGUGCGCAAAAACGAGCCGAGGUCCGUGAGAUUUUGCUAAAAUGCAUCAUCAACAGCGGAUGGCAGCUUUGGGGACAGACAAGGAACUGAGUGACUUACUGGAUUUCAGCGCGAUGCGAAACAGCGAUUUGAAAAUGUUCCCAACAUCCAUGAUGUUUUCCCCUCCUGUUAGCAGUGGAAAGAACGGGCCGACAUCCCUGGGGAGCGGACAUUUCUCCGGCUCAAACAUGGAGGAGAGAACGAGUGCAGGGUCAUGGGCGAGUGGAAGUCGUUCUUCCAAGAGUUAUGCAGAUGGGUCUCAGUACAUGGCGUCACACGACAGCCUCUCACCUUCGUACGCCAACUCCAGCAGGCUAACAGGUAAAACAGAGAGGAGUUCGUACUCGUACAGCAGAGGGUCCAACCCACACUGCCACCAGUCCAUACUGGGUGGCGAGAUGGGUUUGGGGAGUCCCGGCGCGGCGUCGCCCACCAAGCCGGCCGGUCAGUACUACCAGCACUACGGCUCCAACCCCCGGAGGAGAACGCUGCCUAUGGACGCCAUGGAGGUUCACCCAAAGAAAGUUCGGAAGGUCCCUCCCGGCUUGCCGUCCUCAGUGUACGCUCCGUCUGCCAGUACAGCAGACUACAACAGGGACUCACCGGGUUAUCCCUCCUCCAAACCUCCCAGCGCUGGCUUCCCGAGCUCAUUCUUCAUGCCAGACGGUCACCACAGUGGAGAUCCCUGGAGCAGCAGUAGUAGCAGCAUGAGCCAGCAGGGUUACCAUGGCAGCAUGCUGGGGGGCGGGAACUCCGCCCACGGCCCCUCCCAGAGCUCCUCCUACUGCGGGAUUCACCCUCACGACAGACUGAGCUACCCGUCACACUCGUCUGCAGAUAUCAGCUCCAGCCUUCCUCCCAUGUCCAGCUUCCACCGGGGGGGAGGGAGCGGGGGCGGGGGAAACCACUACAGCACCGCCUCUUGCACCGCUUCCACCAACGGCACAGAAAGCAUUAUGGCUAACCGAGCGCCGAGCGCAGCAGCCAGCAGCUCUCAGACAGGAGACGCCUUAGGGAAGGCACUCGCAUCGAUCUACUCCCCAGACCACACAAAUAACAGCUUCUCGUCCAAUCCUUCCACCCCAGUCGGCUCCCCACCCUCCCUCACAGCUGCCAGUUCAGCUGUCUGGUCGAGGAACGGCGGACAGGGAGCGUCAUCACCAAACUAUGAGGCUCCAUUGCACUCUCUGCAAAGUCGCAUCGAGGACCGCCUGGAGCGUUUGGACGAUGCCAUCCACGUACUGCGGAGCCACGCGGUGGGACCGUCGCCGGGUAUGGCCAGCGGGCACGGUGAAAUGCACAACCUCAUCGGGGCCGCACAUACGCACAAUGGCGCCAUGGGCGCUCUGAGCAGCGGCUACGGGACGGGACUGCUGUCGGCCAACAGACACUCCCUCAUGGUGGGCUCUCACAGAGAAGACGGCGGCGGUGUGGGCGGUUUGCGCGGCGGACACUCGAUGGCGGGUCAGCUGCCGGGGCCUCAGCUGCCCGUUCAGUCGGCCACCUCGCCGGACCUCAACCAGCCCGACCCGUACCGCGCCCUGUCCGGAGGCCUUCAGGGCCAGAGCACCUCCUCCGUCAGCUCGGAGAUCAAGUCUGAGGAUGAGGGGGACGAGAACCUCCUGCAGGACCCCAAGUCCCUGGACCCCAAAAAGGAGGACGGCGACAGCAAGGACCUGAAAUCAAUUGAGAGCAACAACGACGACGAGGACCUGUCUCCGGAGCAGAAGAUGGAGAGAGAGAGGGAACGGAGGAUGGCGAACAACGCGCGGGAGCGUCUGCGCGUCCGCGACAUCAACGAGGCGUUCAAGGAGCUGGGCAGGAUGGUGCAGCUGCACCUGAAGAGCGACAAACCACAGACCAAGUUACUGAUCCUGCACCAGGCCGUGGCUGUCAUCCUCAGUCUGGAGCAACAAGUCAGAGAGCGAAACCUGAACCCUAAGGCGGCCUGUCUGAAGCGCCGCGAGGAGGAGAAGGUCACUGUGUCCUCGGACGGGGCUCCCCUGUCAUUGGCCGCCGCACACCACGCCGCCGCCGCCGCCAUGGGCGACGGGUCCAACCCCUUGGGACAAAUGUCCAAGGUGCCAGAGUUCAUCAAGAUGAUGAGUGACCACUUCCUCUGACGGCGUUUCCAUGACAACCUGGCAAUCGAUCAACCCUGUUGUUCCUUCAGCCUGAUCAAUCAGAUUCUCUGGAUCUUGGGCCUGACCAAUCAGAUCAGCCUCCUUUUCUCCUCACGUCUGUCUCUGAUCCUUUUCUUCACCUUCGUCUCCUUCUUCUGUCGAGAACACCAACUGCAGAGUCACAUUAGUCGCUUUCGUCACUUUGCAUCUCCAGCUGAAGUGAACUGGAUGCUACUUUGUGGAGACUAUUAAACGGCCGCUGUAACGUGGCUGCGACAAAGUGUCAGUUUGUGGCAGCUUUUGACACAAAGUGACAGCAAUGGACAAAAGUCUUUGGAAUCACAUCAUCCAAGAUAUUCUUCUUCUUGUACUACUUGUUUUAUCAGCAUUCCCAUUUUUAAAGAACAAAGGGGUUCUAUAUAUAGUAUAUAUAUACGACAAAAGGAAAAAAAAUGACAAAACCUUUUGUUUAAAAAGUGCACCUGGAUGCGGGCAGUGAGGAGGGUACGGGUUGAGGACGGUUGUUCAGAAUGGAGCAAAACAUAUCACAAAGUGUUUAAAGAGGUUUUUUUAUCAACAUUGUGCAGCUGUUGUUGAAUGCAGCUUCAGCGCGUCUCUGACUGAUUGGCAAUCUAACGCCACACUGUGGAUGAAGCUGUGCCUGAUCUCCUCUUGGAUGCAAACCAGUCAGAUAGAUACACACGGAGAAACAAACGAAAUAAAAGAGCUGGAAAAAUCCAGGAAGUGUUACGGAAGCAGGCUGUCCUACUAAGUCCCCUUACAAACAACCUAUUUUCACAGAUUAGACUGAAUUAAAAUGAAGAAGAUAUAAGGUGCUCGAUAUGACGAGUCAUUUGAACAAUUUAAAAAAAGGCUUUUUGACUAUAAAAGAAAGGGAACGGGGCUAAACAGGAAAAACGGGGGCAACUUGUUCUUCUCCUUCUAAUGCAUUCCAUCUUAACCUGUAGACAUUUACAAUAUAUUGCAGGUGUAAAACUAAAUCUAAACAUUUACGUGUACUUUUAGUAGUGUUUUUUCCGCUACAUUGACUUGGUUAACAAGUGCUCACUUUUUAGUUAAGUCCCAAAUACUAAAGCCUGGACAGUUGUACGCAAAUGGCCCGUGUGUAUCUACUGAGAGGACGAGAAUAUCUAAAGAAUCAAUCAUUGAAUCAGUUAAUCAAUCAAUCAGUGAGUGAUUUCAGACUGGGGUGGUUAAAUUAUUGAAGGUAGAGGAAUAACAGAAGAAAGAAAGACGAAUCAUGCAGUAAUGAAAGAGGGUAGAAAGGAACGACUUGACAUCUUCAUUUGAGAUUGUUCUAGCAAACAUCCCGAACCAGAGUCCUUUGUCAGAUACUCAUCAGCAUGGGCAGAGCAGGCAGAGUUUAAACUCAAAGGAUUACUGGGCAGAUGAGAGGGAAGAGGGCUGCACUUAGGUGAAUUUAUAUGCCACGUUUAGCACAUUCCCAGAAUUACGAUCGCUCUACUUGAAUCGAGUGGUUAAGACGGCCGAAGCCCUGAACUGUGAGAGUAUAGUGAGUGAUGCCUGGUAAAGGAGUAAAGAGUUAAAGUGGGCCAACGUCCCGAGGAGCUAGAGACUAAGUGAUGAGAGGAAAAAAACGAAAACGACACUGCAGGGGGAGCAAGGGAACAAUCAGCAUUGUGACGGGUUUCUUCUAGGGGGCCAAGCGGCACUAGUCAAAGCAUUCCCGUGUUAGAUUCAUUCGGUUCAUCUGGACCAUCAUAACCUUAAACUUCUAACCCAAUUCCAGACUUUGCUGCCCUAAGUAACAACUUUGGGGGGACUUUCUGAUUGGCAUUGGCUGUCUUGCUGUAUCUGCUAGAGGUCUCAGCUAGAGGUCUGUUGCAGGGACAUCUAGCUGCAGGCCAUUUCAUUGGCCUCAAUAUCCUGUUGUGAUGUGGAUGUCUGACAAAAUCUCGAACACUGUCUGCUUUUCUGCAGUGCAUUGUAGAGACUAGAGACUCCAGUCUGGUUUUUUGUCAUGAGUCUGGCAUGCCUGACAUAGGGUUCAGACAUUUGAGUUACCUUGGUUAGCUCAAUUUACAUGUAAAUUCAAAAUAUUAGUUCACAUUAGGCAUAUUUAAAUCAAAUGAAACAAGAUCAGUACUCUACUCCUGAGGAAAGUCCAAUCCACUAACCUUACCACUAAUACAGUAGGCCUAUAUCACUUGUCAAAGUGCUGCCUCUUGUACUUGAUCUUACCUAGAUUUCUUGAGUAGAAGUUCAGUAGGAGUCGACAAUCAGCCAAACUACAUACAGUAACUGUGACACAGAUUCCCAUCACCAUAGUAACUCGCUGUGCCAAGAGAGGAGAUGGAUGCUGCUCUAUUCUGCUCACAGUCACAUACUGGAUGUCAUCCAUCUAAAUUACGACAAGCUUAAGUCACGUCAUCACAUAAGAAAGCCUACAUUGGACAAAAAACUAAUUACAUUCAGGUAACGCAGUAACGCACUGUUCCUUGAAUUAGUACCCGUAAUAAAAUUACUGUUUUGAAAAUUGUAAUCCCUCACAGUACUGUAGAAAGUAAUAGUUAAGCAAUAUUAUACUCAAGGGUUUGAUUUAACAUCGUUAUUGGCAUGACGUAAGCAUCAUAACCUUAAUGUUCAUUGCAUUGCUAUGCAUCAAGGUCUACUCUCCGGCAACAGGCAAAAGUAACUGGAGUACCUGCAAGCACGGCCAUUUUUUUGUGGUGUCAAUCAAAAGUCCCCUUCCCCCCUUGCCCCAGUGGGAACCUUCCUCCGACCAGGCCUGUGUUUAAUACCCAGUCACAGUUCUGGCGUUUCUGCUGACCCUAGCCUUAUGAGCCCUAAACCAGAGCCCUAGCCCUUCUUCCCAGCCUCGUGCCCCACCUGAGCGGUCCCACAGAUGCAAUUUGAACAUUCACACUUCUACCAAUGUGCCUUUUUAGAGUUCAUAUCAUUCGAGUUGCCAGAGGAGGACAUUUACCUGGUCUUUUAAUAGGAUGCAAGCUUAGGGAAACCUGUUCUUAGUCGUUAGGUUCUAUGCAGUCAGGUUUUUUACCAGACCUGGGAAUUUAAAAAAAGCUAAAA